UCUUCACACGUAUCUCACUCUGCAGAGAACACACAUAACAUUUUGCUCCGCCAUUUCUAUUCUUUCUCUCUAGUAACUGAGUGUGAAAACCCAAAAAGCAAACCAAAAAUGGAAAUUUUCUACUAUUUGUUGUUUGGUGGAUUGGGAGCAGUGGUGGCAGCAGUGGAGCUGAGCAAAAAUAACAAAGAUCGAAUCACCACCACACCUGCUUUCAAUUCCUUCAAGAACAAUUACCUUCUUGUUUACUCUCUCAUGAUGGCUGGGGAUUGGCUGCAGGGUCCUUAUGUCUACUAUCUUUAUAGUCAAUAUGGUUUUGGAAAAGGGGAGAUCGGACAGCUGUUUAUUGCUGGGUUUGGUUCAUCCAUGUUAUUUGGGACAAUUGUUGGAUCUCUGGCUGACAAACAGGGUCGAAAGAGGGCAUGUGUGACGUACUGCAUAGCAUACAUACUGAGCUGCAUCACCAAGCAUUCUCCUCAAUACAAGGUUUUGAUGUUGGGCCGUAUUUUGGGAGGUAUUGCCACUUCUCUCCUAUUCUCAGCUUUUGAGUCAUGGCUUGUAGCAGAACACAACAAGAGGGGCUUUGAACAACAAUGGCUGUCAAUCACAUUCUCAAAGGCAAUAUUUUUUGGCAAUGGUCUUGUUGCCAUUAUUUCUGGGUUGUUUGGUAAUUUACUAGUUGAUACGUUUGCUCUUGGCCCUGUGGCACCCUUCGAUGCUGCUUCCUGCUUUCUUGCUAUUGGUAUGGCCAUCAUUUUAUCAUCAUGGACAGAGAACUAUGGAGAUCCUUCUGAGAGCAAGGACUUGCUAACCCAAUUCAGGGGUGCUGCUGUGGCGAUCGCUUCCGAUGAGAAAAUUGCAUUGCUUGGUGCAAUACAGUCACUGUUUGAAGGUUCAAUGUACACCUUUGUGUUUCUCUGGACUCCUGCUUUGAGCCCAAAUGACGAGGACAUCCCUCAUGGUUUCAUCUUUGCGACAUUUAUGUUGGCUUCAAUGAUGGGAAGCUCCCUUGCAUCUCGGUUGAUGGCCCGCUCAUCACUCAGAGUAGAGAGCUACAUGCAGAUUGUUUUUGCAGUCUCUUCUGUCUCUCUCCUGCUUCCCAUUGUGACCAGUUUCAUGGUGGCACCUUCCAAGGUGAAAGGUGGAAGCAUCUCAUUUGCAGGCUGUAUUCAAGUUGUUGGCUUCUGUGCUUUUGAGGGUUGUGUGGGAAUAUUCUGGCCGUCCAUUAUGAAAAUGAGGUCCCAGUACAUUCCUGAGGAGGCCAGGAGCACCAUCAUGAACUUCUUCCGCAUUCCUCUCAAUAUAUUUGUGUGCAUUGUGCUGUACAAUGUUAAUGCGUUCCCCAUCACGGUUAUGUUUGGCAUGUGCUCAAUUUUCCUCUUUGUAGCAUGUUUGUUGCAGAGGCGGCUCAUGGUGAUAGCAGAAAAGCCAAAGACACAAGACUGGACAUCAUUGAAGGAAAAAGAUACUGAGGCAGACCCAUUAAACAUCUAAUUGAUUUUGAGCAACAGAACUAGGAAUUUUCGAGAGGUCGGAAGCGGCUGAUUGAGGGUGUAUUCAUUUUAUAGUGAUGGCUACGUUAUGUAAAGAUAGUGCUCCACUCAGCAAAGGAAGGGAGAAGGGGUAGUCAAUCUUUCUGUAAUUGUUUUCUGGCUGUCACUAAAUCAACAUGGCAGUGGAUUAGUUAUCUCUUCAACCAUUCUUCAGGGAAGAAAAGAUUUGCUUUUCUAAUGCUGAUGCUAUUCUUUUCUAAUAGAGAUCUAUAAUUCUAUAUAGUCUGUAAUGAUGGAGAGCAAUAUUUGUUUACAUUUUUGUCCAUUAAUAUGUUGAUUGAAAGUGCACUCAUGAAUUAAUGCUCUCAAUACUUUUCCUUGAAUAAUGAGUAAAUGUAUCUUAUCUUAGGUGUUCAAUUCAA